GUUUAUCCGUGGAGGACUUAAUAUUCUCGUAAAAAAAAAAAUGUGUAGUCUGCUCGGCAAUUUUGAAAGUUCAAUUGAAAAAAAUUAAUUUCCCGCAAUUCUGAAACGUCCAAAGCCUUCCUCAAAAAGGUUUCCCGAAGGUAAUUGUCGAAAGUCUCGCAGUCCUCCGGCAAGUAGCACGUCACCAGUUAGAAUUUUUUUAAUUACGUUAGGUCAAACACCCCGUAUGUGGAUAUUGGUCGACGUACUUCAUCGUAUUUGUUCUCGCUCUUACAGGUGUCGACUGCUCUGACCGCAGCUGCGUGCUGGCCGCAGAGGGCCCUCCAAGGAAGCACCGGUGCAGCUUCUGCGAUUAUUCCAGCGAUUACAUGCUUCAUCUCGAGGUGCACGAGAGAGUUCACACGGGAGAGAGGCCCUUUGUGUGCCGAGUGUGCCUCAAAGGAUUUUCGCAGCAGGCCAAUGUUGCCAAGCACCAGAUGAUUCACACCGGAGAGAAGCCCUAUGUGUGCAGUGUGUGUUCCAAGGGAUUCACAUUAAAGAGGAGCUUGUACAGGCACUCAAAGACGGUUCAUAAGGACGGGAGGAGUCAUGUCUGCUCCGUCUGUGGGAGUGCAUUUAAAAGGGAUGAUCAUCUACAGCGCCACAAGGAGCUGCACUUCAGAUAAGGUACAACAUUUAGGGAUGAAGUGUGUGGGAAGCCGUUGAGUCUGUUGUCUGCAUCAACAUGUCCUCUUGCAUUGAUGUCCCUGGAGCAACUUUUGGGAUUAAAUUCCUGAGGCACUGAUUGUCAUCUGCAUCAACAUGUCCUCUUGCAUUGAUGUCCCUGGAGCAACUUUUGGGAUUAAAUACCUGAAUCACUGAUUGUCAUCUGCAUCAACAUGUCCUCUUGCACUACUGUCCUUAGAAGAACUUUUGCGAUUAAAUUCCUGAGGCACUGACUGUCGUCUGCAUCAACAUGUCCUCUUGCAUUGAUGUCCCUGGAGCAACUUUUGGGAUUAAAGUUCUGAGCCACUGCUUGUCGUCUGCAUGAACAUGUCCUCUUGCAUUGAUGUCCCUGGAGCAACUUUUGGGAUUAAAUUCCUGAGGCACUGAUUGUCGUCUGUAUCAACAUGUCCUCUUGCAUUGAUGUCCCUGGAAGAACUUUUGGGAUUAAAUUCCUGAGGCACUGACUGUCGUCUGCAUCAACAUGUCCUCUUGCAUUGAUGUCCCUGGAGCAACUUAUGGGAUUAAAUUCCUGAGGCACUGACUGUCGUCUGCAUCAUGUUUUCUUGCUCUAGUGUCCUUGGAAGAACUUUUGGGAUUAAAUUCCUAAGGCACUGACUGUCGUCUGCAUCAACAUGUCCUCACGCAUUGAUGUCCCUGGAGCAACUUAUGGGAUUAAAUUCCUGAGGCACUGACAGUCGUCUGCAUCAACAUGUCUUCUUGCACUACUGUCCUUAGAAGAACUUUUGGGAUUAAAUUCCUGAGGCACUGACUGUCAUCUGCAUCAACAUGUCCUCUUGCAUUGAUGUCCCUGGAGCAACUUUUGGGAUUAAAUUCCCGAGGCACUGAUUGUCAUCUGCAUCAACAUGUCCUCUUGCAUUGAUGUCCCUGGAGCAACUUUUGGGAUUAAAUUCCCGAGGCACUGAUUGUCAUCUGCAUCAACAUGUCCUCUUGCACUACUGUCCUUAGAAGAACUUUUGCGAUUAAAUUCCUGAGGCACUAACUGUCGUCUGCAUCAACAUGUCCUCUUGCAUUGAUGUCCCUGGAGCAACUUUUGGAAUUAAAUUUCUGAGGCACUGACUGUCGUCUGCAUCAACAUGUCCUCUUGCAUUGAUGUCCCUGGAGCAACUUUUGGGAUUAAAUUCCUGAGGCACUGACUGUCGUCUGCAUCAACAUGUUCACAUGCACUAGUGUCCUUGGAAGAACAUUUCUGACCAUUCUUCUCAGGCAUUGAGACUGUUGUUUUCAUCACCGUGUCCUCUUGCUUUAAUACUCCAGUUGACAGAACUGUGACUUACAUUGCCUUUGAGGGCUCGCAGAAGACUAUUUCAUGUGUUGUCAUGUCAUGCUUGCGACAACGCUUCAUAAGAUGAAGUGACCGCGCAAGUGAGGAAGACAGCAGUGUUUGUUCUGUAACUGUUCCAAUAGACAGUAGUCCAAAGUCAUGUUUAUUGCUAUGGCAUAGUUAAUUGGUAUUUGGUAUGGUGACAUUGGUAUUGGUAUGGUGGUAGUUUACGGUAUAGUUUAUUGGUAUUGAUGGGACCAGUACUGUUCCUGUAAAGUCAAGCUUUGAGUUGUUUUUAAUGUUGUGGUACCGGUGUGCAUUUUUUACCAAUAAAGUAUUCUAAUAACGAAAGCAAUGUUAAAUUAAGGACCUCUUCAUAGCAGAAACCACAUGUGCUUACGAAGUCCACACAAAAAAAAUCCGUAAGGACAAGAAGGAAGACAAGUGCUCCGCACACAAAUGUGAAUUUAAUGACAACUGUGUUCUAUGAAGAUGGGAGUGACUUUGCUGAAAAGGACACUCACAUUGAAGAGGUUGCUCGCAGAUGCUGCAUAUUUAGUGUGAACAACCUUACCUGGUCAAGCUUCCCCGUGAUUAUGCACAUGCCCGUUCAUGGCAAGGAUGUAUUGUUAAACGUGGGUGGCGUGCUUUGAUUUACAUAGCAAGUGUAAGCAGAAAACGAACAUGCGCAUGUUUGAUAUGCAGUUUGUAACUUUAUGCAUCAUUUUUAUAUCUAUUUUUUGUCUCUGUUUGCCUCAAGGUUGACAUGCUGCCCUUAUCAUCUAGGGCCCCUUUUUUUGUCUUUGUAUAAUGUUUGGCAUGAAACACCCACACCACAAUUUUUACAGUGUGUAACAUUAUGUGUGUAACAUUUGUCUUUUCUUCCCUUUAUGUUCUCGUACUGGUACUGUUUAACAGGAAUAUGAACUUUUUUUUUACUCACUUAGUACCAAAGUGUAGGCUACUCUUUCGUGCGCUAUCCCUGUAACAUAGUGCUUGCAUCCGAAGGGUACCUCAAGAAUUACUAACUGCAGAGUGAGCAAGUUAGUAAAAUAUCGCAUUGCAAACAAUGAAAAGGGGCAAAAAGGACAUUCACGCUGAAUGUCAUUUACAAUGAAAGGCAUUAGAAGCCGUGCAUAGUCUGCAUGAAGACCGAGUCUUUUGACCCUCUGAAUGUGUUCACAGUGUCCAAGCUUGAGAUGUGAACAUUGUGGUUAGCAAUGUAACUAUCGAAGUUGCUUCAGCUGGCGAGCUCUGAAAAACACGUGCGUUCAUUGGAUACAUUAGUAUAUUAAGGCAGGCGCUUCCAAUCGUUGACAGACUAUUUUAGAGGACUUUCAGCAUGAUAGCUGUGACUGUUCAUUAGUUGAUAGCUUUGCCGUGGUGCUGAUUUCGUUAUUUUUUUUUCUAUAUGAGUGUUGCCGUCAUGGUGCAAUGACAUUCUGUUCCUCUAACUCAACUGCUUGAAGAACCAGCAUAAAAUGUGAACUUGCAAAAUGAGCACCUUGUUAAUUUCUCCUCGAUCAUGUACAGGGAUU